UAUCAGUCUCUCCAUUCGCCACCGGUAAUGUCAUAAUUGCGUUUUAUUUGCACUGUCACUUGAACAAAUUAGAAUGGUAGCCUACAUUACUAAACAUUGUUAUGAUCAGUAUUACCGUUAGAUGACUGCACGUCACAUAUAAAAAUGUUUGCUGACCUUUUUCUCCUCUCUUUUUGAAAAAGAUCAAAUCAGAAAGUCAAAUUAUAUCAGGAUUUACUGAUUUUCAAACAUGUUCCGAGAAGCUUCUCUUUUAAUAAUUCUUUUCUUAAAUAGUGUUUAUUUCACUAAUGCCGGGAUUCAGGUUUCAAAGUAUUUGGCAAGAAAGGAUGUCAAAUUUAAAGCUGAAAAUGUCUUAGAAGGAAUUUUUUCGCAAAGUCGCUUUGUUUGCCUAAGAAAGUGUGACUUGACAACUGACUGUGUUUCGGCAUCUUGGAACUCUAUAGAUAACCUUUGUCUGCUGUCGAAGACUGAUCAAAUUCAUGAUGACUGGGAUAAUCCUAUACCUUCAACUGUAGUCACUGCUAUUGGAUGGAAAACAUAUUCAAGAAUCAUUUACCAAGUUUUUCUCGUACUUGGAUUAAAUGGACGGUAUACCAUGACGUUCUCGGAAGCCAACAAUGCUUGCAAGGAAAGAGGAGGAACACUAUCGACUCCCUCUGACCUUCUUACAGCUAGAAGUCUUGGUUUUAGUAGUUGUAACUGUGGCUGGCUAACAGAUCAGACAAAGGGCUUUGUCCUUCAAGAGAGAAAUGAUGGAUGUUUGAACUGGUUCACUACAGGAAUAUUUGAUUGUCAUUGGUUAGAUACCGCAAAUGCCUGGUGUACAGUUGUAUAAAAAAUACCUUUAUUUAUGAUUUAAUUGGUAUAAAUUA